AUGGGCAAAAUUGAUAUUGGAGCCGUAGAACAUGUUGAAGUAAAAUCAAAAGUCCGUGGCUUUGCUUGCUGCAAAUCUUCUUCUGUAUUUAUUACUAGUGCAGGCGAAAUAUUCGAGUGUGAUAAUACUGUCGACCUCGAUUACGUAGAAUCACUUGAGGUAGCCGCAGGUUUUGAUCAUAUACUUGCUCUCACUGAUAAAGGAAGGGUUUAUGGCUGGGGUGCAAACACGCAUGGACAACUGAAUUUUAAUAGAAAUUACGGACAAGCAGAACGUUUGGAGUCUCCUUCCGAAAUACAUAUACCUAAUGUAAGAAAAGUAUCGGAUAUCGCCGCCAUGAAAUUUAUGAGCGCUGUCAAAUCUAGCGACGAUGGACUUGUCUACAUACAGGGUUAUUUACAUGGAAAAAAUAUUAGGCGUUUUGCUGUCUGUGAAUAUACAAAUAUAUUUGACAGAUACAACUCAUCGUUCCAUUCGCUAAAACAGAAUCAUACGUAUACACAGGAAGAUCACGAUAUAAUAGAAAGUUUAAUAUGCGCAUUCAAUGAUAGUUCCACGAGCGAUCUUACAAUACAAGUCCACGGGGAACCUAUUUACGUUCACAAAAGCAUUCUGAAAAUGCGUUGUUCAUAUUUCAAAAACAUGUUUGCGUUUAAUGAGGUGCAAAACAGACAAAGGAUUAUCAAAUAUUCUGAUUACUCAUUUGAGACAUAUGGAAAUUUUAUUCUAUAUUUAUACUCAGGCUGGAUUUUGUUUACAUAUCCAAGCAAGAUGGUAGAGCUCAUGAUAUUAUCUAAUAAAUUCGGCAUGACACAUCUUGAGAAAAAAUGCAUUAAAAAAUUAAAAAAGAAUAUGAAUUCCUCAAAUGUAUCCUAUAUCAAGGAAAUGGCGAUAAAGUAUAAUAAGAGGGAAUUGGUGGAAUGUUGUCAUCUCUAUCAAUUAAGAAAUACAUCUGAUUCUAUGCAGAUAUUCUCUUAA